AUGUCCAACGAUGCGAUAGUGUUCCCUCCAGAAGUGAAGGCAUUCAUCACCACAUUGUUAAAAAAUAAACAACACCAGAAGGAAAAGAAAACACAUGGAAUGGAAAAUAUUCGAGUUGGACUACGAGGAGAAGUCAUUGGCCAAGUGGUUGACAGUGAUGAUGAUGACGAUGAGGAUGAAUGUGAUGAUGACAUGGGACUUGAAGAGCGACACAAUUUCAAACAAGCAUUACGUGCCUCCAAACAGUCAACAUGGGAAAGAGAACACCUCCACAAACUUCCUAAUAGAGCACAAGUUUCCGGGACAAGUGGUGGUGCACAGAUGAGACGGGGAGCAAGUGUUAGAGAAUCACAACCAACACCACCAAUGGCCCCAAGUUUAUAUAAAUCAUCCAAAACACGCCAAAAGAGUGUUUGGAGUUAUUUCGCUGGAGGUAAUGUGAAGGAGGGAAUGAGGCAUCUAAUUAGCAAGUUCUUUAUCUAUGACAAUGUCCUUACUGAGAAGGCAUCAUCACAUCAUUUCAAAAAUAUGGUAUUGGGAUGUCAACGGGCCAGUGUUGGAGUACAACCUCCUACUCCCUAUGAGGUAAGAAACAAAUAUUUGGAAAUCGAGUAUAAAGACAUUAGCGAGUAUGUCAACAAGUUAAGGUCAAAGUGGAAAACUAAUGGUUGCACAAUCAUGUGUGACGGAUGGACUGGCCCGACCAGAUUGUCUAUCAUAAACUUUAUGCUAUACUCCAAGGGAAAGACAAUUUUUUUUAAGUAUGUUGAUGCUUCAGACCAUAUAAAGAACUACAAGUAUAUUUACAAACUAUUGAGGGAUGUGAUCAUGGAGGUGGGAGAGCAUAAUGUUGUCCAAGUCGUGACCGACAACGGUUUUGCAUUUGUCAAAGCCGGAAAAAAGUUAAUAAAGCAUCAUAAUGUAUUUUGGACAUCAUGUGCAGCACAUUGUAUUGAUCUAAUGUUUGAGGCAAUGGGGAAGAGAGAGAAUAUUGCUAAUGUCAUAAAAAGAGCUAGAACAAUCACAAAUUAUAUUUACAAUCACGGUUGGUUGUUGGCAAAGAUGCGUGAAUUUUGCAAAGGAGAAAUUAUUCGUCCAGCUACCACUCGAUUCGUCACCAACUAUAUUGCAUUAGACAGCCUACUUAAGAAAUCAGGGUUGAAGCAACUAUUCACUAGCGAAGAUUAG